GGUAAAAAAUGGGACGUUACAGCUACUCGCAGCCAUCAGAAGACGAGCCUUUAUUUGGAAACAAUGACGACAGCGACUACAGCGAGACGGAGGAUCUCAUACGACGCGACCAAGCUGAGUUAAGCUUGGAACGUUGUUCACAGGUUCACUACCCCCUGCAACCGGAGGUAGAGUUUGGUUUCCCGCAGGUCUGCUAUUGUGGUGCUCACCCAGUGCUUGCAACGUCUAACACUAGGAAUGAUCAAGGAGAAGAUAUUACACUUGUGCGAACAAGGACGACGGCGAUUGCCAUAUUUUCAAAUGGUGGGAUGACGCGGUGAUGGAUGAGAUGAGAGCCAGAGAUGUACAUGUGUUUCAGCUGGCUGAAAAGGUAGA